CUCCUAGGAUAUUUAACAAAUAGUGCGCCGGUCUUGGAAGGAAGCCAGCAACUAAGUCUUCGUUCUGUUUUAUACUAUUUCCUUUCCGUGAAAAAAAAUUUUUUUUUUCUACACUAAAGUUUCACAGUACUCAUUCUGGAAAUAUCUGUAAAACUGAAGCACUUCUAAAGCUGUCCCACUAAAAAACCUUUUUUAUGACCUCUGGCAAGAAAUGCGAUCUAGGACAGAAAAAUGACUGUUUCUGCCUCUCCAGGUAGAAAGCAGCAGCGAAGGGAAACGGAACAAAUACAAACUAUUCUUUCCUCUCUCAUCUCUACACUGGUAGGUGGCGUUUGCCUUCCAACUUCUUUUUAAAGCCCACAGCUCGGAAAAAUACGAAAUGGCCAAGCAGCGACGAGCCCACAGCCAGCCCGCACUCUAAGAAGACAAGCAAUGGCUCCAGCGGCCAGCGUACAAUCCCGCGCCGGGAGUGACAACCCUGCCUGCGGGUAAACUAUUUACCACGGAAUUUAAAUCCGCUCCGGGGCGGGGGCGUGGCCUGGGCGGAGCCCCACGGCCCGGAUGGGCGGGGAGAGGGCGGGGAUCCCGGAGGCUCUGCGCGGGGCGGGUAAGACCCGGGCUCCGGGAGCACGCGCCUGUCUCUUUAAAUGCCAGGGGCUGCGCUCCCGCCCGGGGCGCCUGGAGCCGGAUCUACAAUCCCCUCCCUCCCGCUCCGGCGCUUGUUGCUCGCCGAGUCCGAGCUGGAGCUGCCGCCGCCGGGUAGCGAAGCUGCCUCCUGCACCCCGUUCUCUCACCCCACCUCCCCCGAGGGCAGGUUGAGGGGGAGCAGCAGCCCCAGCAGGAGGUGGGGGGUGCUGUGUGAACAGGCAUUGCACCCCACCGUCAACUCUUGAGGCUGAGGCGCUACGUAACCGCGGGGGCAAGACAUGCGUGGCCGCCCCCUGCCCAGCCUGGCUGCCGCCCGCGCCGGGAGAAGAGGGACUGCGGAUCCCACACCGGCAAACUCGCCCUAGAAGUCUCAAGGGGCGGCGGGGGUGUCCCUCGCGAUUCCCCACGGCCUCCACCUCCCGGCGGCUGAGUUUUCGCAGGUAACCCGAGCUAGAGGGCGCGCGCGGGGGAAGGGCGGGCGAGGCCGGAGGAGACGGUGCUGCAGGUGAGCCAGUCUAGGCAGGUAAGGCGCUGGCGGAAGCAGAAGGAGCUGCUGAUGCAAUGGGCUUUUGCCUGAGUGAGGUGGUCUCAGCCCCUGUCCGGGGUCCCGCGCCAAUGACCCUAGUAGUGGUUUCACUUUCUCCCCUCUCGGCGGUGUGACCGCGUGUCCGCAGCGUGAUGGGUAACCAGGUGGAGAAACUGACCCACCUAAGUUACAAGGAAGUUCCCACAGCCGACCCUACCGGCGUGGACCGGGACGACGGGCCUCGCAUCGGCGUCUCCUACAUCUUCUCCAACGACGACGAGGACGUGGAGGCGCCGCCACCCCAGGGACCCGAUGGCGGCGGCGGUUUGCCCGACAGCGGGGACGGGCCGCCGCUGCCCACGCCGCAGCCCUACGACCCGCGGCUGCACGAGGUGGAGUGCUCCGUGUUCUACCGCGACGAGUGCAUCUACCAGAAGAGCUUCGCGCCGGGCUCCGCGGCGCUGAGCACCUACACGCCCGAGAACCUGCUCAACAAGUGCAGGCCUGGCGACCUGGUGGAGUUUGUGUCGCAGGCGCAGUACCCGCACUGGGCUGUAUAUGUGGGCAACUUCCAAGUGGUGCACUUGCACCGGCUGGAGGUGAGCAACAGCUUCCUGACGGACGCGAGUCAGGGCCGACGUGGCCGCGUGGUAAACGAUCUGUAUCGCUACAAGCCGCUGAGCCCCAGCACCGUGGUGCGUAACGCGCUGGCACACGUGGGCGCCAAGGAGCGCGAGCUGAGCUGGCGCAACUCCGAGAGCUUCGCCGCCUGGUGCCGCUACGGCAAGCGCGAGUUCAAGAUCGGCGGCGAGCUGCGCAUCGGCAAGCAGCCUUACCGGCUGCAGAUCCAGCUCUCCGCACAGCGCAGCCACACGCUCGAGUUCCAGAGCUUGGAGGACCUGAUCAUGGAGAAGCGGCGCAAUGACCAGAUCGGGCGUGCAGCUGUGUUGCAGGAGCUCGCCACGCACCUGCACCCCGCCGAGCCGGACGAGGGCGGCAGCGACGCCGCGCGGACUACGCCGCCUCCCGGGCGCCACCCUGCGGCCGGCCGAGAGGAGGAGGGCCGAGAGGCGGUGGUGCACUGACAGGGAAGCCGAGGUGCAGAGCUGUGAAAGGGCGCUCUUUGAAGCAGCCGCUGCCCCCUCCCUCUGACGCCCUCCUCCACCACCUUCUGGGCCCCAUCUGGGUUCCUGGGCCAUUUGGAAAAAGGAAUGUUGGCGAAGUGUGCUUCCAGCUGUGACUUGAGCUUGUUAUCCUGGACGGAGGAGGAAGAGGGAGCAGGUAGGAACUUCGAUUGGAGGCACUUCCUGCCUUCCCGCCCAAUCUGUGUGUUUCCCAGAUGGGGCAAACUGUGGACUGGCCUGACACUUUAUCCCUGCUGGACCUGGGUCCAAAAUGGACCCUUCUUUAUGCACGUGGGGGUGGAGAAAGUUUGGAGUACCAACCGCCUGCCAUUGCCUCUCCUGCGCUCCGGCCAUGGGCUUGGAGGAUGCCCUGGCUAAGGCCAGAGUGGGUUUGUGACAGCAAGUGGAUUUGUGGCAGCGUCUGGCCAGCACAGAGAGUCCUUAUCUGCUACCCCCGCGGAGCUGUGUGUGGGAUGCAGGAGGCAGAAUGAUUUAUGAGAUUCCUGGGGUGAAAAGCUGGGGAAACCAGGACUAGGUCUGGGAGCAGCAGACCGAAACCAAGCAGCCCCCCAUGAAGUGUAACGAAUAGUUGAGUAAACUUGUGCUACAAAACAAAGACUUGCUACCUCCCUCCUUCCCAUCUCCGAGUAAUUCAUCCUCAGGAGCUGGUGUCUAGCUGGGUCUCCUGCUCCACCCGCCACUUCCCAGGUUACAAGUAAAUCAUUGUCUCGGGCUGGCUAGGGGAAGGAUUCAAUUAUGGUUCCUGUUUCGCUUCCUUUGUUUCUCGCCUGCUAGUGUAGGCACUUAAAGCUGCAUAGUUUGUUAUCAAAUGAGGGAAUAGCCCUUUGUGUCUGUGAUCUAAUUAAACCUGCUGGGCUGUGCUCAUCUGCAGGUCACACGUGGGGUUGUCUGGUGCCGCCCCGUAAAGCAUCCACUACAGAAGCAGCUAAACAGGGUUGCCCUGGAAGGAGGUAGUCAGUCUCCUCCCUCUCCUCACCUAACGCCCUUCCUUGUGAGUAAAGGUAACCUUUUUAAAGUGUAAGGCUUUGGUGGUGGGCCUGGGAAUUUUUUUCCCCUUACUCGCACUUGUUUUCUGCUCCUGGUAAAAAUCUUAGGCCUGAGACAUUUCAAUGACAACGUAUUUACUUUGCUAGCCACAACUGAUGGAAUUUAAUUCGAGAUGCAAAGCCUUGUUCUGUUGCAGCAGGCUCCCUGUUGCCUGUAGAACAUCCCUUAAGAAUGCUUUCUUAAUUAAGGGGGAUGCAGCAGCCACAAAGGCCACUUUGUGUAGUCAGCAACAAGUCUCGUACAGUCCUAAAGCACAGGUUGGUGAUAGUGGGAUCUGUGGGUAGCAGGCUGGCUGAUUCUACCUGGAUCUGCUGCUGAACUACUGUUGGCUUUAUUCUGAGGCUUUGAAAAAUUUUAGUUUGUCCCGUGUUCAUGUGAACUCUAAUGACGCAUGCCCUCAAUUUUGGAAUGCUUCUCUGCUGCCCCAAGGCACUGGUAAUGGUGUUUCAAAAGUUGAGUCAAGUUUUUGUUGGGAGUCAUUGUAGAUUACACUGUCGUUUUGUGACAAUUCUUACAGCUGGAGUAGAAUCACACUUUGAGUGUUCUACAGCCUUGGUCCUCCUCGGGCCUUCUCUACGUCAAGGCAACAGGACUUAAAGCAUUUCCUUGUGUACUUUCUUUCAGAUUUGGGAAGUUGAGGCCAUAAGUUUUAAAAGCCUACCCCGUCAUAGCACCUCAGCAUGAAAUAAUUUAGUUACAAGGUCCUUAGUUAUGUUCCCAGCUUUUACAGGGAACAACAAACAAGUCCUAUCACUUUGACUAUUUAAGUGUGGUUCAUCUUUAUCUUAGUCUGGGAUUUGGGAGAGAUGUCAAUCUAUUGUUGGAAAUGUAGAUCUAGUUUCCAUGUUUAAUAAUCUCACAGUUUUUGUGUUUAUAUUUUCUUGCUUGUGGAAAAGUGGAGCCAGAUACGGGUAAUUAAGAGAUCCUGCUAUACCUACCAGAUUGGGAUUUUCUUUUAUGCUUAAUGCAUAGUGAAAGUUGAAAGUAAUGACCAGUGAGGAGAUGGCAGGAGGGAAGAACAGAAACAGAAAAAUGCUCUGGCAGCUGUGGGCUGGCCAGCCAGCUUUUUUCCACUCCCUCUUCUCUGUCUUCCUUCUUUGCCCUCAAAUGGAAAGUGAGUGUCAUUGAUCACACUGAGAUAUGACAGUGACUGUCAGUUGUUACAGAAGAACUGCUUUUUGUGGGAAGUCUCAACCUGAAGAAGAGCUCCUGUAAAAUCCACACUAAUAGUAGCAUUCUGCCUCUAGAGAAGAGGUUUUUGAUAACAGAAGAGGAACUAGAUCUACUCCAGAUACUGCUUUCCCAUGGAAUGCCAGUGUUUUACCAGGUGACCAGAGAUGAGAAAUCUGUAAUACUUGGGCACAGUGAUUCCAUUGGAAGCUUUCUUAGGGUUAAAACACUUAGAGGAACAGUCAACCAGUGGAAGCUUCAAGGGGAAUUCACUCAACUCUUGGCUCUUUCCUCAAAACAGCAGUGUUGUGGAUAAGCGAGUUUUUAAUGCCCAAGCAAUGGCUACAUCUGGCACUUAAAAAGAAAAAUAAACACGUUUAAUAAUUUUUGUUUCUCUCUAGGAAUAAGACUUUAGAACUAUUUUGUACUGUGAAUUACAGAUGUUCUUUGAAGGAAAGAAAUACUGGUUCUAACGUUCUUCAGAAUCUGUGGCAGGGAUAAAAAGCAGGAUACCUGACUGGAACAUAGGCUAAAUGUAAUCAAAUUCUAUUUUCUUACUCAAGCAAAUAUUUUCUUGAGACUGCUUAUGUAUGUCAAAGGAGCCCACAACUUCAGCUACAUGACUUUUUGUAUUGAGAGAACUCAUACUUUUUGUAGCUUUUCGUCUACGUUUAAUUUGAAGUGACUUUAUAGCACUAAAAUGCCUAGCAGAAGACUUUACUCCAGACCUUUAAGGAAAUUUUUAGUUUUUAUGAAAAAUGACACUUUAGUGGUUAAACUUCUCAUGUCUUUGGUGCGUGUGGCCCUAAAAGCACCAUUGGACAGCUCCACAACCACAUGGAAACAUAUUUUUGGAAGCAAAACUUUAAUUUUAUAUGACAUGUUAUAAAGAGUGAAGAAAAUUUAAGGACUACUUGUUUUCUAUUUUUUUCUUAAAAUGGAAUCCACUGUGUUGAAGACUCUUGAUAUUAAUGUGAUUGUCUAACUGUUUUUUAUACAUUAAUAUAAAAUCUCGUGUAAUCAUGGUCAUUGAAUGGAUUUGUUUGGAAAGUUACACUUUAUUUGAGAGGUAUUUUUUUUUUAAAUCAGGGUGACUGUAAACCUGACUAGUUUAUUCAACUUUUCAUUAUAUUGUUUCAUUCUUAGUUAUAAUAGUCAUGACCCAUGGAGAAUUACGUUGACUAAUAUAAGUCCCACGUGUAUUUUGUUUCCCAGUGAGUUGUGUGAACUUUAUUUUUGUUGAAGAUUGUAUGUUAAACCAAUGUUUUGUCCUAAUACCACUUCUUGAGAAGGAGGUUCUCAUUUGAAAUUGUAUCAUUUCCUUCAAAAUGAAGGGCAAUGCUUAGUUAAAUAAAAGAUUGAUGACAUCUUCUAAGCCAUUUUCUCUUUACUCACUCUUGUUAAAAUCUGUCAAAUCCUUUUGAAAACUCUAUAAAGUUCCAAUAAACCAUCUAUGAGA